CUGGCAGCACAACAUCGAUAAUUCCCAUCCCCGAGUAAUGGAUAUUUUUACCUCCUCUCACAUCGGAUGAAGUGAAAAUAUUAGCGCUUUCUUUAGUGAUAAGUAUGAGUUCUCAUAUUAUCACCCCUGGACCGUACCGAGCCACAAAACUGUGGAAUGAAGUCACGCGUCUGUUUCGGGCUGGCAUGCCUCUUAGGAAACACCGCCAAAACUUCCGGCACUACGCCUCCUGCUUCACUGCCUCUGCUGCUGUGGAGUGGCUGCACCAGCUGCUCUGUAGCAACAGCAAUUUUGGCCCUGAUGUCACCAGGCAACAGACGGUACAGCUCCUGAAGAAAUUUCUGAAGAACCAUGUGAUCGAAGAUGUGAAGGGUCGCUGGGGCACUGAGGAUCUGGAGGACAACAAUUCACUGUACAGAUUCCCAUCCACUUCUCCUCUUAAACCAUUUCCCCGCCCAGCCCCCGGCUCCAUAAAGAAAAGACCUUCAUUCAGGGACAAAGAGGGUUUCUUCAGGUUUAGGAGUAUCAAGAAGAACGAGAAGGAGACACAAGAGAAUGUAGAUCCUUCCCUCCCAGCAGAGGAAGAGAAUCAGCCAACAGGAGAGCAGCAGCUGCUGAGACGAGAGCUGACAGUAGAAGACGAACAGGACAUCUGGAGAGACAUCACCCUGACCCACCUGCAGAGGAUUCUAGGUGUUGCAUCUCUUGAUGAGGUUUUAAACCAGCGUUACGUAAACCCACAGAACAUCAUCCAUAAUAUGACCAAAGUCAACAAGCAUGGAGUGGUCACGCUGGAUGACAAGACCAAUGACCUUCCACACUGGGUUUUGUCUGCCAUGAAGAGCCUGGCCAACUGGCCAAAGUACGACAGCGCACAGCCGUCAUAUCCCGGCUUUGAGAGAGAUGUCUUCAAAACAGUGUCUGAUUACUUCUACAGCCUUCCACAGCCGUUACUCACAUACGAACUGUAUGAACUGUUUAUCAACGUCCUAGUGUUUUGUGGGUAUGUUGCAGCACCCACCACACACCAACGUGGGAAACGCAAGAAGUCUGACCUUCCCUCAGUCCCCCCUCCAGCCAAGGCAUCAUUUCGCUCAACAGAGUGUCUCCUCCUGUCACUGCUCAGACAGGGGACAUGUGAUGAGACAGAAUCGCCCAUGAGAGAGGUGCUUGGUGGGAAACUUAAGUCACGGUUGGCGGCACUGAAAGGAGGUGGUGCAGGUGACUGUCAGUUAGGUGGCAGCUGCCUGAGCCUGAGUACAGUUGUUUCCACGAGACGUCAAACCAGGAGUUGCUCACUGGAAACCAUCCUUGAUGACUCUGCCACUCUCACCCGGCAACAGCUGUUCCUGUCCAAUGACAGCCUGGCUUCCUGCGCCUAUGGCAACAGGAGUCAAGAUGACAGUUCUGCCAUCACAACACAUUACAGUCAUUCAGACAUUACAUCUUCAUCCAAAGCGACCCCUGUUUCUAGUGAAGACGCCCCAGGAGGUACAACCAGAAACCGACUGUCUGCAUUUUCUAUGGCUGGACUGUCAGUCGCACAGAGGUCGCGUUCCUUGCGGCCACUCAGUGUAGGCAGCUGUUUGGACAUUGUCAUAGAAACCAAGGAGGAAGAUGUCAAAGAGACCAAGUGGCAGGGCCGAGCAGCCAGCUGCCUCAAUAUAAACACUCCUGCAGACCAGCAGCACUCCUCCUCAGCUUCACACCCUCCCUCGUUGUCCUCCUAUCAUCCUUUCUCUUCUUCCUAUCACCCUUUCUCCUCCUUCUCUUCAACUGCUAUGGCCAAAGUACAAGGGUCUCAUGCUACUACAGGACCCAGUGGGCCUAGACCCGCCUCCAGUACCUCUAAUCUUUGGAUGCUUCCUGCCCCUGCUGUUGUCCGGCGCUGCCUCAGCUCUCUGGAUGUAUCCAAGCCAUCGCGACCUGUUUCACUGUUCAAACCUCCUGUCUGUGUGCCCACCAGCAGCUCCCAGCCCCCUCAACCCAAACCUGAGCACAGCCUUCCCCAGCCUCAGUGUGAGCGUGUAGCCAUCGAGGCCCUGCAGCUUUGCACCCUCCUGCUCCCCCCGACCUCCCGCAGGAAGUUGCAGCUCCUCAUGAGGAUGAUGUCACGCAUCAGCCAGAACGUGGACAUGCCUCGCCUCCACCCCGCCAUCGGCACCAGAACGCUGAUGGUUCAUACCUUUUCAAACUGUGUCCUCGGCAGCGCUGAGGAGUGUGAUUUGGACGAGCUGUUAGCCACAAGGCUGGUGUCAUUUCUAAUGGACCAUCAAGAAAGCAUCCUCUCAGUUCCUGAGUACCUGCGCAGUGCUAUCAAUGAUCACAUACAGUAUCUGCGCACAGUACAGGUCCCCAUCGAUGGUGUUUCUGAUAUUGAUGCCGGCGAUCCAGUUUGCGCCCCAGUGCCUGUGUUUGCGUUCUGCCGUCAGAUAAGCGGUGCUGAGUUUGAACAGCAAAAGCUGGCAUCUUCCCAGAAGGCCAUGGAGGAGUUACUGGAGAUCCUGCUGACAGACCAAAACAUCACUGAGAAGGACAGACGCAAGAAACUGAAGCAGUUUCAGAAGCAGUACCCAGACAUCUACAGUCGUCGGUUCCCCCCCUCAGACAAGGAGAGCAAGACCGACAACAAGCCAAAGAUUAAACCUCCCCUCAUCAACAUCAAGAAGACCAAAGCUUUCAGCAUCAGGAACUAAACUAGCCAAGUGUCAUCGGUGUAGAAGCCACAGUCAUUACAUCAUUUUUGCUGCACUAUAACUGCACUGACGCUGCGCUCCUGAGAGAUUUGUAAAAAACGUUCUCCUCUCUUUGCAGCCAUUAACUUUACAUUGUUACAUUGGAAACACUGUUAUUCCUUUUGUGUCACGUGAAUGGGGUUAUAAGAGAGUUAGUGCAGGCUGGGAGACUUCUACAAUGGUUAAUGUGUGUAUUCAUGUUGUUUGUAUGUUUGUGAUGUGUGUUGACAGCUUAGUAAGAUGAAGGCAGGUGGACAGACAGUAGCUCCUUAGAGCAGUUCACAUUAAUUAUUGUGUUCACGUAUAACAUGGUUUUAUGAAGCAGGGUUUUUUUGUUAAAUGUUUUUUGUGUUUAGUGAGAUCUGUUUACCCAUUUCCUUCUCACCCCACCUUCAUUCUCUAUUGCUAGCUAAUAUAAUACUGACGUGUGUGUGUGUGUGUGUGUGUGUGUGUGUGUGUGUGUGUGUGUGUGGCUUCAGAGUGCAUUUUGGGAGAAAUAUAUGCAAUUCUGGGAUCACCUCUCCACAUGGGAAUAACUAGAUUAUAGAUUAAUUUAUAAGUGAUGAAACUGGGAGUAGUGUUAGAAAUAUCUUUGCUUGAAGUCUUUUUGUCAUGUUAACCAUGUUUUUAUAGACUUAACUAAAUGUUUUAUAUCAUAGAUUCUCAAGUUUUAUUUGAAAUGCUUGUUAGUUUUGAACCUUCUCUUUUUCUCAAAUUUUAUGUCUUGUCAUUCUUGUCUUUUGCCUCUAGGGUUUUCUAUUGCUUUCAUUUGUGUGUCUGUGUGUGUGUUUGUGUGUGUGUGUUUUUUGUUUUUUGUUUUUUGUUUUUUUUUUAAUGUUUUUUAGGUUUUCCGCAAGAGAGAUCUUUUGAGUUUCAUAAUCUCCAAUUUUUCAUGUUCAACUCAACUUUCAUAGUUCUUGUUUGUGUGUUUCGUCUUGAAUACAUCCCUGGUUAGUUUAUUGGAUAGAGCAAUGAUUUGCACUGGGUUUAGGCACUGUGAAUGGCAAGCAAGCUAAUGUCAAUCAUCAGAAUUGUUAAUUUAUACAUAUUUAAUGCAUGUUAGACACCCUAAAGAAGGUUUCACCAGACAUCUGUCAUAUUUUGGGGAAAUGGUUGCUACGGCUAAUACUUAAAGUCUCAUGAGAUUACAAUGAGAGUAGUUGAUGGCUAGUGGCAUCCAUUCAUUUUACCAAUGGAUUUUAAGGUGACGUGCAGCAAAGAACCCACAUUAUGUCAGGUGUUUGAGGAAACUAAAACUUGACUCAAAAUGCCAAGCUUUGUUUUUAUGUCUUAGGCUGUAUGAAGUAUUAGUUCUAUCUGAUGUAUGUGUAUUUGUCUAUACCUCAGAUCAAAUGGUGUGUGUGUGUGCAUGUGUGUAACCAUGUACGCACUCAGCAGUGUUUUUGGCAAAGACCUUUACAGGGGAAUGUAUAUUAUACACUUCCUCUACAUUGUUUACUAUGCAAAGUCCUGGGAAAUAAA